CCGAUUGGUUUUUUCGUCUCUGAGGUGAAAGGACACACAGCAGCAAGACAAGAUGACAACGUUAAGACCGUUUACCUGCGAUGAUCUGUUUAAAUUCAACAAUAUCAACUUGGACCCUUUGACAGAAACUUAUGGGAUCCCGUUUUACCUCCAGUACCUGGCUCACUGGCCGGAGUAUUUCAUCGUUGCUGAGGCUCCUGGAGGUGAACUGAUGGGCUACAUCAUGGGGAAGGCGGAGGGAUCCGUGGCUCGGGAGGAGUGGCACGGUCACGUCACCGCUCUGUCCGUCGCCCCGGAGUUCAGAAGACUCGGACUCGCUGCCAAACUCAUGGAGAUGUUGGAGGAGAUCUCAGAGAGGAAGGGAGGUUUCUUCGUGGAUCUCUUCGUACGAGUCUCUAACCAGGUGGCGGUGAACAUGUACAAACGUCUGGGCUACAGCGUCUACAGGACGGUGAUAGAAUAUUACUCCGCCAGCAACGGAGAGCCAGAUGAAGACGCCUACGACAUGAGGAAAGCUCUGUCCAGAGACACAGAGAAGAAGUCCAUCAUCCCGCUGCCGCAUCCUGUCAGACCAGAAGACAUCGAAUAACAGUAGACUGUGGCUCUCUGACGCUCUGCUCCCCUUUAUCCUGAUAAUCAGAUGUGAAAUAUGUGUAAUUAUUUCAGGACCUGCUCGGUUAAGUGUACAUAGUUCAACUGCUUCCCCGUUUCUCAACGCUUCAUAGUCAGAGAGCCACUGAGUGUACAAAUUUUAAUUUCCUAAAAUCACCGAUUCAGUUUCUGUCAAUAUUCAAAAUAAACAUUUGCUUAUGAAACGA